AUGGAAGAGGAUGACAGAGGUCUCAUAUUUGGCAAUGGAAACAGAAGUGUUGUUGCCAUUGAUGGGGGCUUAUACGAAAAUUAUCCUCAAUACAGGACUUAUUUGCAAGAUUCAGUGAAAGAGCUGCUAGGGUCAGAAAAAUCAAACAAUGUGGUGAUAGAACAUACAAAAGAUGGAUCUUCCAUAGGAGCUGCUCUAGGAGGGAGGUUAGCUGGUGCAGGAAUUGUGGGGAUUCUACAGAAAAUGGAAGAGGAUGACAGAGGUCUCAUAUUUGGCAAUGGAAACAGAAGUGUUGUUGCCAUUGAUGGGGGCUUAUACGAAAAUUAUCCUCAAUACAGGACUUAUUUGCAAGAUUCAGUGAAAGAGCUGCUAGGGUCAGAAAAAUCAAACAAUGUGGUGAUAGAACAUACAAAAGAUGGAUCUUCCAUAGGAGCUGCUCUGUUGGCUGCUUCAAAUUCCAUCUACCAACAACACUUAUAG